GCACUUUAUGCGCCCCUCCCCACACAUCGCGCACCACCGUCUCCUCGCUCCACCCUUGGGGAUUCAUCGCGUCCAUCGGUCGCGUGGUGGAAUAGUGUCCAACUCGAAUCCCAACCUGAUUUAAUCACCUCAUAUUGUAGCCUUUUUCUUUUGCCCCUCCCGUUCACAAUGGCCCGAGGAAGACAACAGCCUGCCGAGCAGUCCGACUUUGAAAAGCAACGCCUAGCAAAUAUCGCCGAGCGCGACGCCCUCCUCAAAAAGUUAACCCAAGAGGCGCAGCAAGCGGGCCUCUAUUCCAAACCGCCAUCGGCCGGCACGCAACAUGGCCAAAAGCGAGCCUCGAAGCCCAAGGGCCCACCUGCGAAGCGGGUGAAGAAGGAGCCCGUGGAAGUUCUGCCUCGUCGCACCUCCUCACGGCUGGCGGGGCUACAAGCAGACAGCGAAGUGGCGAAGCACAAAGCAGAGGUGGAAUAUGAACAGCAAAAGGAGGUCGAGAGGCAGAAGAGACAGCGCGUCACCGGCGACCUCAACUUCGCGGCGGCCGACGGAGCGAGUCUGAUCGGGACAGAUGUGAUCCUCAAGGGCGUCGCCAAACCGUACGAGCGCACCUUUGACGAACAAGAUAUCCGGGAGACGACGGACAAGGACCUCAAGGCGCUCAGGGAGAGGAUGAGCGGGCUGGGCCUGUGGGAUCAAUGGGAGCCGAACCGCAUCAAGAUCACGCCGGAGAGGAUAUACAGCAUGGCGUUUCACCCGACAACUUCGAAACCCAUUGUCUUCGCGGGCGACAAGUUCGGGUCCCUGGGGAUCGUGGACGCGUCGCAGCGACCAGACACGGCCGUCAAGGAGGAAGACGCAGGCGACGAGGACGAGGAUGAGGAAGAGACACGCCCUGAUCCUCAAAUCACGCAUAUAAAACCCCAUACCCGCACCAUAACCGCGAUGCACAGUCACCCGUCCAAGCCGCAGACACUCUACACGUCCUCGUACGACUCUUCGAUCCGGGCGACGGACCUCUCCAAAUCCGUCGCCGUGGAGGUAUACGGCCCCUCCAGUCGCGAAGACGACGAACCCAUCUCGGGCGUAGACAUGUCCGCCACCGAUCCGCACACAUUGUAUUUUACGACUUUGAACGGCGCCUUCGGACGGCACGACACGCGCCAGCCGCCGUCUGCGUGCGAGUUGUUCCAGCUCUCCGAGAAGAAGAUCGGCGGGUUCAGCUUGCACCCGCUGCUCCCGCACUACGUGGCCACGGCGUCCCUGGACCGCUACAUGCGGCUGUGGGAUCUGCGCAAAAUCACCAAGAAGUUGCCCACGCUGGUGGGCGAGCAUGAAUCGAGACUGAGUGUGAGCCACGCGGCGUUCAAUACAGCCGGGCAGGUGGCGACCACUAGUUACGACGACACGAUCAAGAUCCACUCAUUUGGCGUCGGUAAGCAUGCCAAAAAGGGGACGCAGGCGCUGGAGAGCAUGAGUUCCUGGGCGGCAGGCUUUCAUCUGGACGAAGAGGCAAUGAAGCCGGAGGUCGUGGUGAGGCAUAAUAACCAGACGUGAGUUUUGCGAUCUCUUAGACACGAACCUUGCUCCGUGCGGGCAAUGGCAGUGACAGACUGACUUUAUGCUUAACCCUACAGCGGCCGAUGGACCACCAUCCUCAAACCGCGGUGGCAGACUUAUCCCGAAGACAACAUCCAGAAGCUGGUCGUAGGCAACAUGAAUCGAUUUGUCGACGUCUAUGCCGCCAAUGGGGACCAGCUCGCCCAACUUGGAGGCGAAGGCAUCACUGCUGUUCCGGCCGUAGCUGUCUUCCACCCUUCCAAGGACUGGAUUGCCGGAGGCACCUCGAGCGGGAAACUGUGUUUGUGGAUGUAGAUACUGAUCCUUUCCAAGGGGGAUGACUUGUACUCGGUCUUUCAUCGGGCUUCUUCCUCUUUCAUUUCCUUUCUGUUAUCCCCAGUUGCUGUCGUACAACAGACCAACUGGCCCAGAUCGCGGUGAACCACAGUCUCACAACACUUUCCGGCCCCUGGCACAACAACCCAAGGCUAUGUGACCAGCCUUGUCCCUGUGGAAUUUACGACGAUGAAGCAGCAGUGCAAAUAAUCGGGAAUGUGCUGUGACAUUGUCCAGGACGGAACGAUCCACAACGGAGGGAAAAAGGAGGGUAAAUUGACUUGCUCGACUUUGAUCUGUUGCAUCAGGCUGUGUUUCCUACCUCCAGAUCGUCUCCUCAAUCUCAUCCAAGGUUCCCCCUUUUUACCUUACCUGGGACGACUCAACCGAUCUCAACUCUUGAACCAGUCUGAAGACCUUGGUCGUGUGUAUGGACGGGAGAGGUUUGUUGUGCGGUUCUGGCGUCACGUCUUGGGGCACUUUGUUGGGUUAACGCAUUGGACAACUUCCAGAAUGGUUCGGGUGAUUUCUUUUGGUUUCGUUUGGUUCAGGAGCAGCCCGACCGAUCUUGACGCUAGUCGAUGGCGUCACUCGGCGGCUUUAUGUGGUGAC